AUGUUUGGCGUAUCAAACUGGCUCGUCGCGGCCACCGUGGCUCUCGCCACAGCCGUCUACGGUAUCUUUAAGGUCGUUUACAUGCGGACCCGGUUCAGAGGCCUGCCCCAACCGCCGAAACACUCCUGGAUCUGGGGCCACACGACCAUCUGGGAGGAGCUCGCCGCCACCCUCCCGCCCUUCACCCACCCGCAGCACGUCUACACCCUCAUGGCCCGCAAGUACGACCUGCCGGGCAUCUUCUACGUCGACAUGUGGCCCUUUGUCGAGUCCCAGGUCGUCAUCACGGACCCGGACGCCGCCCGCCUCGUCCUCGCCACGACCCCUUACUACCCGAAACACCCGACCAUCGAGCGCUUCCUCCGCCCCUUCACGGGGCCCGGCAGCAUCGCCGCCUCCAACGGCGACCGCUGGCGCUACAACCACCGCAUGGUCGGCUCCGGCUUCUCCCCCUCCCACGUGAAGCCCAUGGCCGGCAUGAUCGCCGAGCAGGUCCUCGUCUUCCACGACCGGCUGCGCCGCCUCGCCGCCGCCGCGGAGCCCUUCAGCAUGGAGGAGGAGUCGGCCAAGACCGUCUUCGACGUCAUCGGCAAGAUCGUCUUCGGCGUCUCCCUCGAGGCGCAGAGGUCCGGCUCGCCCCUGCUCGAGGACCUGCGCGCCUCCAUCAACCCGGCCACGACCUUCAUCGGCACGCGGAACCCCUGGAAGCGGCGUGCGGCCGAGAAGAGCCUGCGGGCGCUAAGGACCCGCGUGCGGGAGACCCUCGCCGGCGAGAUGAGGGAGAGGCUGCGCGUGCUGCAGGACGAGAAGGAGCUGCCGUCCAGGCGGCAGGCCAAGAGCGUCCUCGACCGCAUCGUGCUCGACCGGAUCCAGAGCGGGCAGGGGGCGACGCUAGACGACGAGUUCAUCGACACGGCCGUGACCAACCUCAAAGCCCUCCUCCUCGGCGGCCACGGAACCACCACAGACACCUUCACCUGGGCCACAAUGCUCCUCUCCCUCUACCCAGACGUCCUCACCCGCGUCCGCGCCGAGCACGACGCGCACUUCCCCCCGGACCUCUCCGCCACGGCCGAACUCCUCGCCGCGGAUCCCACCAGGACGAACGCCAUGUCCUAUACAAACGCCGUCCUCAAGGAGACCCUCCGCUUCUUCCCCAUCGGCUUCACCAUUCGCCAGGCGCCCCCCGGGGUCACUCACCUCGACUGGGCCGGCCGCCGCUGGCCCGUCUCUGACCUCAUGGUCGUCCCCUGCGCGCACGCGACGCACAUGGACCCCAAGGUCUGGGGCCCCGACGCCGGCAGCUUCCGGCCGGACCGGUUCCUGGACGAAGAGGCCGGCAAGGGGGAAGGGGAGGGCGAGGGCAAGGGAGACGGGGCCGGUGGAGAGGGGGAGGAGACGCGCCACCGAUUCGCGUGGCGGCCGUUCGAGCGCGGGCCCCGGGCGUGCAUUGCGCAGGACCUGGCCAUGGACGAGCUGCGCAUCAUGCUGGUCCUGACGGCGCGGUGGUUCGACUUCGAGACCGUCGUCGAGGGCACGACGCGGAGGGUGGAGUACAUGGACCUGGAUCAGAAGGUCGGCGACCUGGCGUUCCAGAUGGUCGGGAUGGAGGCCAGGCCGCGGCACGACAUGAGGAUGAAGGUUCGCCUGAGAGAGGAGGCGGCUUGA